CCGGCCCGGGGCGGAGGGGACAACCGGCUGGCGGCCCGGACGGCGGGCGCGGCGAGACCGAGCGCACGCGAUGCCUCACUUCACUGUAGUGCCGGUGGACGGGCCGCGGCGCGGCGACUACGACAACCUCGAGGGACUCAGUUGGGUGGACUACGGGGAGCACACCGAACGGGAAGACUCGGACGGACAUGGUAACCACAGAGAGAGCAGCCCUUUCCUUUGCCCCUUGGAAGCUUCUAGAGGAAGUGACUACUAUGACAGGAACCUGGCGCUGUUUGAGGAAGAACUGGACAUCCGCCCAAAGGUGUCGUCUCUGCUGGGCAAGCUCGUCAGCUAUACCAACCUUACCCAGGGCGCCAAAGAGCAUGAAGAGGCUGAGAGUGGGGAAGGCUCCCGUCGGAGAGCAGCAAAGGCACCCAGCAUGGGCACCCUCAUGGGGGUGUACCUGCCCUGCCUGCAGAAUAUCUUCGGGGUUAUCCUCUUCCUGCGGCUGACCUGGAUGGUGGGCACGGCUGGUGUGCUGCAGGCCCUCCUCAUCGUGCUCAUCUGCUGCUGUUGUACCCUGCUGACAGCCAUCUCCAUGAGUGCCAUUGCCACCAACGGCGUUGUUCCAGCCGGGGGCUCCUAUUUCAUGAUCUCCCGCUCGCUGGGGCCAGAAUUUGGAGGUGCCGUGGGCCUGUGUUUCUACCUGGGAACAACAUUUGCAGCAGCCAUGUACAUCUUAGGUGCCAUCGAGAUCUUGCUGACCUACAUUGCCCCACCAGCUGCCAUUUUUUACCCAUCAGGCGCUCAUGACACAUCGAGCGCCACCUUGAACAAUAUGCGGGUAUAUGGGACCAUUUUUCUGAUUUUCAUGACUCUAGUGGUAUUUGUUGGUGUGAAGUAUGUGAACAAGUUUGCCUCGCUCUUCCUGGCCUGUGUGAUCAUCUCCAUCCUCUCCAUCUAUGCUGGGGGUGUCAAGUCUAUUUUCGACCCUCCUGUGUUUCCGGUAUGCAUGCUGGGCAACAGGACCCUGUCCCGGGACCAAUUUGACAUCUGUGCCAAGACAGCCAUAGUGGACAAUGAGACAGUGGCUACCCGGCUAUGGAGUUUCUUCUGCCACAGCCCCAACCUUACCACUGACUCCUGUGACCCCUACUUCCUGCUCAACAACGUGACUGAGAUCCCUGGCAUCCCUGGGGCAGCUGCUGGUGUGCUCCAGGAAAACCUGUGGAGUGCCUACCUGGAGAAAGGGGAGGUCGUGGAGAAGCACGGGCUGCCCUCCACGGAUGCUCUUGGCCUGAAGGAGAGCCUGCCCCUGUAUGUGGUGGCUGACAUCGCCACAUCCUUCACUGUGCUGGUUGGCAUCUUCUUCCCCUCCGUAACAGGCAUCAUGGCUGGCUCGAACCGCUCCGGAGACCUCCGCGAUGCCCAGAAGUCCAUCCCAGUGGGGACCAUUCUGGCUAUCAUUACAACCUCCCUUGUAUACUUCAGCAGUGUGGUUCUCUUCGGAGCUUGCAUCGAGGGGGUGGUGCUCAGGGACAAGUACGGCGACGGCGUCAGCCGGAACCUGGUAGUGGGCACAUUGGCCUGGCCUUCGCCCUGGGUCAUUGUCGUCGGCUCUUUCUUCUCAACUUGUGGCGCCGGCCUCCAGAGCCUCACUGGGGCACCACGCCUAUUGCAGGCCAUUGCCAAGGACAACAUCAUCCCCUUCCUCCGGGUGUUCGGCCAUGGGAAGGCAAACGGUGAACCAACAUGGGCUCUCCUCCUGACUGCACUCAUCGCUGAGCUGGGCAUCCUCAUCGCCUCUCUUGACAUGGUGGCCCCCAUUCUAUCCAUGUUUUUUCUGAUGUGUUACCUGUUCGUGAACCUGGCCUGUGCUGUGCAGACACUCCUGAGGACCCCCAACUGGCGGCCCCGGUUCAAGUACUAUCACUGGGCACUGUCCUUCCUGGGCAUGAGCCUCUGCCUGGCCCUCAUGUUCGUCUCCUCCUGGUACUAUGCGCUGGUCGCCAUGCUCAUCGCAGGCAUGAUCUACAAGUACAUCGAAUACCAAGGGGCUGAGAAGGAGUGGGGUGAUGGGAUCCGAGGCCUGUCCCUGAGUGCCGCUCGCUAUGCACUGUUGCGGCUAGAGGAGGGGCCUCCUCACACCAAAAACUGGCGGCCUCAGCUACUGGUGCUGCUGAAGCUGGACGAGGACCUGCAUGUGAAGUACCCACGGCUCCUCACCUUUGCCUCCCAGCUCAAGGCCGGCAAGGGUCUGACAAUCGUCGGUUCUGUCAUCCAGGGCAGCUUCUUGGAGAGCUAUGGAGAGGCCCAGGCUGCCGAGCAGACAAUCAAGAAUAUGAUGGAGAUUGAGAAGGUGAAAGGCUUCUGCCAGGUCGUGGUAGCCAGCAAGGUGCGUGAGGGGCUGGCCCACCUCAUCCAGUCUUGCGGCCUGGGCGGCAUGAGGCAUAACUCCGUGGUGCUGGGCUGGCCCUACGGCUGGCGACAGAGCGAGGACCCCCGUGCCUGGAAGACCUUUAUUGACACUGUGCGUUGUACUACGGCGGCUCAUCUGGCCCUGCUCGUGCCCAAGAACAUCGCCUUCUACCCCAGCAACCACGAGCGCUACCUGGAGGGCCACAUCGACGUGUGGUGGAUUGUGCAUGAUGGCGGCAUGCUCAUGCUCUUGCCCUUCCUGUUGCGUCAGCAUAAGGUUUGGAGGAAGUGCCGGAUGCGCAUCUUCACAGUGGCCCAGAUGGACGACAACAGCAUCCAGAUGAAGAAGGAUCUGGCCAUCUUCCUGUACCACCUGCGCCUUGAGGCAGAGGUGGAAGUGGUGGAGAUGCACAAUAGUGACAUCUCUGCAUACACCUACGAGCGGACACUGAUGAUGGAGCAGCGGUCCCAGAUGCUGCGGCAGAUGAGACUGACCAAGACGGAGCGCGAGCGAGAAGCCCAAUUAAUCAAGGACCGACAUUCGGCCCUGCGCCUGGAAAGCCUGUACUCAGAUGAGGAGGAUGAGUCUGCAGCAGGGCCCGAUAAGAUCCAGAUGACAUGGACCCGGGACAAGUACAUGGCUGAGCCUUGGGACCCCAGCCAUGCCCCUGACAACUUCCGGGAGCUGGUGCACAUUAAGCCGGAUCAGUCCAACGUGCGGCGCAUGCACACCGCUGUGAAGCUCAAUGAAGUAAUCGUCACACGCUCCCACGACGCCCGCCUGGUCCUACUGAACAUGCCUGGCCCACCCAAGAACAGCGAGGGUGAUGAGAACUAUAUGGAGUUUCUCGAGGUGCUGACUGAGGGCCUUGAGCGGGUGCUGCUGGUACGCGGCGGUGGCCGUGAAGUCAUCACCAUCUACUCCUGAGCCCAUUGCAGGCUUGUGGCCUGGAGUGGAGGUAUCCAGGGUAACAGCCCUCUCCCAGCACCUGUCUACCAGCCCUGCCUUGCCUGGCCCUGCCCUGGAUCCAGCUUUUUGUGAGGUCUCCUUGAAGAACAGGCCUGGCAGUGGAUAUGGAUCCGAAGUCCUGUGGGAUCGUGGGAGGCUUGGGGACUUUCCUGUCCGGCGCCCCUGUAGGUCUGCCCAGGCUGGAGGAGACUGGUGGGGGCCAAUGUGGGAUUUGAAGGCAGUUGGCCUGGCCCGGCCCAGAAGCGGUAUUUAUUGCAUAUUUAUUGUUUGGAUGUCACCAUCGGAGAGGAGGGAAAGGGCGGCAAGGGACAAGGUCUGGCCCAGCUUGCCUGCAGAAGACCUGGCUCCGGCUACUGUGGGCAGCGACCCCCACCACGCCAAGCCAAAUGGAGCCUGACUUUUUUCAAUAAAACAUUGUGUACUUCUGGGC